UUUUUUUUUUUUCUAAAAAAAAAAAUUUCAUAUGCACUUAGGUUUUCACUCUUUUGGAUUACAUAAAGGUGAUUAAUGUUGUGAUUACAGAAAAAAUAAAAAGGUGUGAAUUUUUACCAACAUUGAAUCAUAUAUCGUAAAUUUAUACGAAGCAAUCAACGAAUUCUGACGAAACAUUAUACCCUAGUUGGUAUCUCAUUGAAGAUCAAAAAUAAAUUUCAAUUUGUGCACAUGCUACGUUGUUGAUGACCAUGGUUAAAAUGUUGUGGUCAGGCGAUGGAGAUUGGAAGAGAAAAGAUGUUCUUGUUAAUCAUGGUUAAAAUGGUUCGAUAAUCAUUCAUUAUUUUCUGAAGACACUUGUCAUAAAAUAGACAUUCAAUUUGGAGGGGAGAUUUCCAAAUCCCUUCCGUAUAUAUUACAUUAGUUCAUAAUUUUUCAGAUGGCGAACGAACGAGUCGAGUCGGAGAUGAAUGAGAAGAGAAUGGGCCAGAUCGAUAUGAGUCACCAAUGCCCAUUCAAACAAUAAAGACAUAAACCAACAAUCAAAUCAUAAUUAGCCUCAAACAAUGAUCAGGAAAUAAUAAAAACCUUAAACCAACAAUUAUUCCAAAUCCAAUUCCCUUUUCUACUUAUAUUCUAAGUAGGAAAUAUUCCCCCUUCUUCCUAGCUCCUAUAUAUAUGUUCAACAUUCAUGACAUACCAAUUCCGUCAUUGCCACAAUUUGUUAUGGCUCGAAAAGUUCGUAUCACUUUCCUUUUCAUUAUAACUUCGAUUUUUUUCUUCGCUACAUUUUAUCACCUUUAUCUUCGUGAUUCUAUCUCUGACAUCAACGUCGAUUAUCUCCCUAUCCUCUCUGUCUCGUCAAAGGAAGCUAAUAACAACAACCUCGUAAUCCGUGAAAAUAUCUCUUCCCCUAUAACACGUUUAGAUAUUCCAGCAUUACAAUCCGACCUGGACCAGGACCCUGACAUAAUUCCAUCAGUAUCCAUAUUGAUGCCCGACUGGGAAGUCUACGUAAUUAUUUCUCCCGAUUAUACCCCUCUCAUUUCUCUGCAUGAUCGUUACAUUUGCGUAUACGAAACCAGAGAGGUAUCGCCGGCAAUCCACGCCGGCGAGCUCCAGCUCCCGAUACGAUCAUUGUUCAAAUGUGAGUUACCUAGACGAGCUCGCCGGAGAUUGCCUUUUAAACAAACAACAUUGAUGAAGUCGUCAGAAAAGUUGCCGGCGCCGGCGGUGAUGGCGGCGGAGCCGGAGCUUUUACGGUGGUCGUUUCUCGUUUACGACUCGUUAACGACGGAGGACGACGUCGUUUUGUUUGUUAAAGGGUUGAAUAACCACCAAGGGAUAAAUAGAGAACCUAAUGAGUUUAGGUGUGUUUUUGACUCUAAGGGUAAAAAGGUAAUUAGAACGACCUUAACGAGUUCGAUACAAGAAGUUUUUCGAUGUAACCACCCUGAUCCAACUAUUUUUUUCGAAGGAGGAGAGAGAGUAUUAGUCUCUCUCGAAGUUUUACUUCCUGUUCCAGUGAUUGUACCUUCCGUGGCGUAUUAUUACAGUACGCCACGGAAACUGGAACAUAAUGAGAAGUCAGAGAAAGCUCAUCUUUGUGCAUGUACGAUGGUGUACAAUGUUGGUAAAUUUUUGAAAGAAUGGGUAUUAUAUCACUCGAAAAUCGGUGUUGAAAAAUUCGUGUUAUACGAUAAUGGUAGUGAUGAUGAUUUCGAUAAAGUUGUCGAUGAGCUUGUCCAAGAAGGUUACAAUGUGAAAACAUAUUUUUGGCUUUGGCCAAAAACUCAAGAGGCUGGUUUUUCACAUAGUGCAAUUUAUGCUAAGGAUUCUUGUUCUUGGAUGAUGUAUAUUGAUGUGGAUGAAUUUGUGUACUCACCACUGUGGUCUAAUUUAUCGCGCCCAUCGACAUCAUUGUUACAUUCUUUCUUACCACAUCCUAAGAAUGUACAAGAUGUGUCAGUUGAAAAGAGACAGGUCGCUGAGAUUAGCAUCCCUUGUUAUGAAUUUGGACCAUCGAAACAGAGUUCACAUCCGAUAACAGGAGUGACACAGGGAUACAACUGCAGAAGAAAGGUCGAGAACAGACAUAAGUCAUUUGUAUAUUUGGAUGCUGUUCAUCACUCUUUGCUCAAUGUGAUUCAUCACUUCAUAUUGAAACAAGGGUACAAGGAAAAGAAAGUGAGUGUCCAUGAUAUGGCUGUGAAUCAUUACAAGUUCCAAGCUUGGCCUGAAUUUAAGGCUAAAUUCCGGAGAAGGGUAUCGGCUUAUGUUGUCGAUUGGACUAAAGAAUUGAAUCCGGGUUCAAAGGAUCGAACCCCCGGGUUAGGGUUUAACCCUGUUGAGCCUCGUGGUUGGCCAUUGAAGUUUUGUGAGGUAUAUGAUAAUGGUUUAAAAGAUUUGACGCGGAGAUGGUUUGCACUAAAGUCACCAAUUACUCGGUUAGAUUACAGUAUGGCAUGGCAAAGAUGAUGACCACUUAGUGUCUAUGUUGCUCCUGCCCUCGAAAAAUGGUAUCAUGCUCUCGUCAGAUCCUCCAAGAAUGCAUAACGUUGAAGGAUAUUUGGAGGAUCCAAGCAACAUAUAGGUCUGUAUACUCAUGUAGAUUAUGACACAUUGAAGGUUUCCAGCUGCAGACAUAUAGCAUUAGAAUUAAUUGGUGAUUUUUUUUGUUUUUUGUUUUUUCUCAUUAGUUUCUUUUAUAUUAUACCUUAAAAAGAUUGUUCUUUUGUUUCUUUAUAUAUACAUUUGAUGUUUGUUUUAUGAGUUAGCUUGCAUGUAACCUGUGGAUAGAUAGGAUAGUUGGAUUUCCUCAUUAAAUUCUUUGUUUUGAUUUAUUUAAUGUUCAUUACUCUCUUCUUAGU